AUGGGAUUAGGGUAUGAGCGGCGUCCCACGACACCAUCACGGCCCAUGUCCUCGCAGCAGCAGCAGCAGUGGAAGCAGGGCGAACAAUUGGAUAUGAAGCUGCCGCCUUCGUCGCUCCCUCGCUCCUCUGGUUUCGAUAGUCUCCAGGAUUUAUUAGAGCGUGAAGGUUACAAAGAAACUCGAAUCGUCACACCAAAGAUACCCCAUGUGAUUACUAUUGAUGACGCGGAUGAUAUGGGCCUUGUUGCUGAAGAUAAACCCAAGCACGCUCGAUCAUCGCUUAAACCAUUACAUGAGUCUGCAACGAAUGUGAAUCUGCAGCGGUCACCCGACAAACGUCAAGAUAUCGAGCGAUGGAUGCAAGGGAUCAUGUCAUCCAAUCAAGAAUCCGUCUCGAAAUCUCAGACCAAAAAAACUAAAACAAAGCCAAGCAAAACCAGCGAUAUGCAUGUAUUGCGUACGUCGCAGAGUGAUCAUGCGUUAAAACGACGUCCACUGCGCCGGAAAAGCUCGAUUUGGGAUGCGAGUGUCGCGUACCGCCAUUCAAGCAACACCGGAGCAGACACACCACCCGUUCCGAAGCUCCCUCUCGGACCAUCGGUCUACCCGUAUCCGCCAGUGCCGCCAGUUCCAGCGAUUCCAUCUCAGUUCAAGAAGACAGCACCCGCAACAGAGGUCUCCGCGGCUGCUACUGUUCCAUCAUCCCAGCUCACUGUCGAUGCUACGCCGGCUCUAGGAUUUCUAUCGUCUCCUGCAAAGCCUGUUCUGUCGCGGAAAGAUGCGGUUGUACAGGUGUAUGAUACAGAUUCUAUGGUGCUUCCUCGGGGAUUACGGCGUUCUAAAAGUGAAGAUCUUUUACACAAAGCUCUCAAGUCACGCCGCAUGCAGCGUGCUGACUCCUUCCCGGUUUGCAACUGUGGACGCGACGGAACUAAGGUGCCAAUUGAACCUCGUUGGCACACACAAGUGUGCCCGGUCCGCCUGCGUUGGGAAGCGACGAUGCCGGGGCCUGUGCCGCCACCACCGCCGCAGCUUUUUGUAUCGACGCCUAACGGUAUCAGUACUCCGAAGCACUUGGACCUGAAGGGCACUGAAUAUGAUCCUCUAGAUACGCCGAGUGGAUUUGCUCAAUAUUUCCCUUUUUCACGUCCUGGAUUCCAUCUCGCAAAACGCGCCACGCUCGCCGGUCUCCAUGGCCUGUUCAAGAGUCAUGAGAAAAUGUCGCAAGACAUUUCCGCUUUAAGACGGCCUGUACCCACAUCUCAGGCACCUCAGCCACCGUCUAUCCAGCGUCGCUCGUCAAAACAUCGCCUGUCACGCUGCAAGUCUCUUCCUCAGUUGUCUCCGAGCUCGGCCAAACAGACCCAUGUAACUGAUGCGUCACUUGCUCGGGGCGAUGGGGAGCCAGUGGCCCUUACUGGCUCCCGGCGAAUCCAUGAACUACAUCAACACGUACAGGACCGUAUGAAACAGGAUGACUCUACGUCUGCAUGCGAGUCUGCAUUUUCCACAAUUCAAAGUAAUGAUGUCGGAACGGAGGCCAGUUCAGCCACAAUCAAUGCUAAUGGGAUCGAUGUGAUCGAUCCAGAUGCAGAGAUGAGUGGCAAAAGCCCUAGUGCAUGCACAAGUGAAAGUCCAUCUUUACGGCGGGCCCGAUCACGUACACAUCUGAAUCGAAGAAUAAAUUCAACAACUCAUUCUUGUGUUCUUCCCGUAUUAUCAGACUCAUUGACAAACGAAGGUCCUGCUUCGGGACUUCCUGCGUUAAAUGAUAUACCAAAUGUGCAUGGACCAUCAAGCGUGCCCCUAGGAGUAAAUCAACAAGCGCCGGAGUCCCUUGAUGAAUCGAAUCCCAUGUCUUAUGUUUCCCCUGUGACGACAACUGCACCGGUUGAUAUGCUCAAAAUGCAGCCGCAACGGUUGGUGCGCCGUUCCAGUAAAAUGCGGCCUCCGUCGGAAAACAAGCGUUCAGAUCCAUCUAUACAUCAUGCAUUGCACAGUGUCGCUGGCUCCUCGACUCUCUCAGACAAGCACCGUCGUCCGAUGCGCCCCGUCCCAUCUCACACUAAAAAUGUCUUUACAUGA